GUUGGGCACCCCCGAUUCCUCCCAUCUUCCUCUUCCUCGCACAGCCCAAAACCCAACUUCCGAUCUCCCAGCUCCCCACCCAGAUCUCGAAACCCUCGCCGUCGCCGCGGCCAUGGCGAAGCAGUUCCCCGUGCCGCCGGUGGUCUUCAACAACUCCUCCUCCCCCACGCACCGCCGCCACCCCAUCCCCGGGACGGGCGCCUCCCCGCCGCCCGCCUUCGCGCCGCCCCGCCCCUCCACCUCCUCCGCCGCCAACCCGCUCCCCUUCAUGUCCUUCGACAUCGGCCCCGCCCCCUCCAACUCGGCGCCGCCCCUCUUCGCCGGCGGCCCCAUCGGCGGCGCCGGCGCCUCCUUCGAGGACGAGCCGCCGCUCCUCGAGGAGCUCGGCAUCAACACGCGCCAGAUCUGGCGGAAGACGCUCUCCAUCCUCCACCCGCUCCGCUCCGCCGACACCUCCCUCCACGCCGACGCCGACCUCUCCGGCCCCUUCCUCUUCCUGCUCUCCUUCGGCCUCUUCCAGCUCCUCGCCGGCAAGUUCCACUUCGGGAUCGUCCUCGGCUGGGUCACCGUCGCCUCCCUCUUCCUCUACUUCGUCUUCUCCAUGCUCUCCGGCGGCCGCCGCGGCGACCUCGACCUCUACAGGUGCGUCAGCCUCGUCGGCUACUGCAUGCUCCCCAUGGUCAUCUUCUCCGCGGUCUCGCUCUUCCUGCCGCGGGGCGGAGGGCUCAUCUUCGGCGUCGGCAUGGCCUUCGUGCUCUGGUCGACCAGGGUCUGCACCAGGCUGCUAGCGGAGCUCGCGUCCAGCGGCGACGAGCACAGGGGGCUCAUUGCCUACGCCUGCUGGCUCGUCUACAUGCUCUUCUCGCUGCUCGUCAUCUUUUGAUGCUGUCUAUAUGUUAUCAAAGG